AAAGGAAUCGAAAUAGACACUAAAGAAAUUAUCAACAAUUCAGGAAAAAUCAGUUUUUUCGAUAAAAUAGAAAAUUCUAAUGCUCCCAAAUUCAUAGAACUCGACGACAGCGUAAUCAUACGAACCGAAGGACAUUUAUUAGAAUUAAAAUGUGUAGCUGAAGGUAAUCCUAUACCGAACAUAACAUGGUAUAAAGACGGAGUCACGCCACCUUCACGCCAAAAUGGUAUGAUUAUAUAUACACAAUGGACCAUGAUACUGGAACAUUUAAUGAUAGCGGAUUCCGGUAAUUAUACAUGUAAAGUGAGCAACGAGAACGGAUUUAUAGAUUUCACUUAUGAGGUCGAAAUAAAAACUAGAGAUCCAUUUUGGUUCUAUUUUGAAGAAGUUCUUCAGGAUGUUACCACACGUGAAGACAACACCGUAUCGUUUAGAUGCGGUAAACCUCGGGGUAUCAUAUACGAUUCAAUGCAAUGGCGCUAUCAUAACGCCAAGGUCGGGAAUGUCGAUAGAGAAAAUUUAGAAGACGGCGUUGUCAUAAAGGAAAAAAAUGACAACAAUGAAUUGAAAUUGAAUAACGUAACGCAUUUUAACGAAGGAUGGUAUACAUGCGUGUUCAUUGACAGCUUUCAGGAGAAUGAUUCAAAUUCUGAACCCGAUAUCUUCAGUAUCUACCGUAGUGCCUAUUUGAAAGUGAUUAACAAGGCGUCGGUAAAUCGAAAUUUUAAAACAUAUCAAUUAAAAGAGUACCUAUUGGCUGCACUGGGCAUUAGUAUUGUGUUGGUAAUUUUUCUCUUUAUCAUAAUGCUAGGAAGCAAUCAGAGAGAGAAUAUGGAAUCGGUAGCCAGACAAUCGGAUAGCAAUGGAAUGAUCCAAUGGACCAAGAAAAUAAUCAUCGAAAAACAACAAAAUCCCAGCAAAGAAAUAUUUCAACCGAUAGUGAAAAUCGAAAAACAAAAAAUCAAUUACACAACACAAGACCAAGCAUGCUUGACCGAAUACGAGCUGCCUCUCGAUCUUCAUUGGGAAUUUUCAAGAGCCAGACUAUCACUAGAUAAAACUCUUGGUGAAGGCGAAUUUGGUAAAGUUGUACGUGGUGAAAUCGAUAGAAAUUUUUGCGAAAAUGUAAAGAACACGGUAGCGGUAAAAAUGUUAAAAGACGAACACAUUGAUACCGACAUGAUAGAUUUAGUAUCAGAAAUGGAAAUUAUGAAGAUGAUCGGUAAACAUGUGAACGUCAUAAGGUUAUUGGGGUGUUGUACACAAGACGGACCUUUGUUUAUUCUAAUGGAAUUCGCAUUACAUGGUAAUCUCCGAGAUUUCUUGAGAAAACACAGACCAUCAUCAGGCUACGAACCAGCUAUAGGAGCAAACCUCGAUGAUACCUUAAUGACAAAGGAUUUAUUAUCAUUUGCAUAUCAAGUUGCCAAAGGAAUGGAGUAUUUGGCAUUAAAAAAGUGUAUUCAUAGAGAUUUGGCAGCAAGAAAUGUAUUGGUUACCGAAGACUUUGUAAUGAAAAUUGCAGAUUUUGGAUUAGCAAGAGACAUUCAAAAUCAAGAAUAUUACAGAAAAACAACCGAUGGAAGACUCCCAUUAAAAUGGAUGGCACCAGAAGCUCUUUCCCGUGGACUGUACACGAUUCAGUCCGAUGUAUGGUCUUACGGAGUGCUGUUGUGGGAAAUAAUGACCUUGGGGGAUAGGCCCUAUCCUUCCGUACCCAAUACGGAGAUAUUGCUGAAUUUUCUCAAGAGUGGACAUCGUAUGGAGAAACCGUUUUACUGUUCUCGGGAAAUAUAUUCGGUAAUGCAAGACUGUUGGAAUAUCGAUCCUAGCCACAGGCCCGCGUUCAAUGAGGUGGUGAAGUAUCUCGAUAAAAUCCUGUCAAUGAUGACCAAUCUAGAAUACGUUGACUUUAGGUUACCGCAGGUGGACACUCCGUCCACCAGCAUAUAAGAGCCGUUCGAUUAAAACAGCGUGUCGCAUUUGACAAGUAUUAAAACUCGAUCGAUUAGUUGCGAUUGGUAUUUUCAACAUAAUAUUCGACUCAAAUUGAAUUUCGUUUUAGUGCUACCUUAAUUGCAUUCGUCAACAUUUAUUCAAAUGAUUUUUAUUUGCUAGUAUAUUAAAUAUAUU